AGGCCCAAAGUUUUACAAUUGCUAAACUAAGCCAGCCAUUCUCCGAGCUUGACACGGCGAAGUCAUGGCGGCGGAGACGGAGUCACAGUACCUUCAUGUCCUCUCUGCUUUCCUCGCCAUGGAACCGGUGGACUCUGUCAUCGCUCUCGCGAGAGGUUGUACAGGAGGAUUAAUUACAGAAAGUGCCCAGAGAUUUUUCUGGGAAAUGUGCGUAAAAGCUGCUGCGAAUGGUAACGCAUCAUAUGCGAAAAAGUUACUGAAGAAACUCAUAAGUGAAGUUGAGUUGGACAAUGGUGAAGUAUUGGAUGAAGUGUAUGAAGAGUAUGCUCUUUACAUGUCGGCGGCUUCAAAGGAAUAUGCAUUGGUGAAAGAAAACACAAGGAUCACCAAAUUCAUCUCUUUUCUUUUCCCAGAAGGUUUAUACAAACAUCCAAGUUGUCCAAGUUCAAGGAAAUUAGUUGUUCCGCUGCAAUGUUCAUUGAACAUGCUUGAAGGAGAUACCGGGUGUUCCAUCUGGCCAUCAAGUCUGUUUCUGUCAGAGUUUGUUCUGUCUUUUCCAAACUUAUUCGCCAAUAAAUCCUGUUUUGAGGUUGGUUCUGGAGUUGGUAUGGUCGGAAUUUGCCUUGCACAUGUAAAGGCAAAAAAGGUGAUACUAACAGACGGAGAUCUCUUAACUCUUGUGAACAUGAAACGUAAUUUAGAGAGGAAUCACUUAAACUAUGAUGACGAGUUGCUCAAACAAACCGGAGAAGCUCAGAGUACAGUAGUUAAAUGCAUUCAUCUUCCGUGGGAAACUGCAUCGGAAAGUGAACUGAGCGAAUAUCGUCCAGAUGUCAUUCUAGGCGCAGAUGUAAUCUAUGAUCCGUCAUGUCUACCUCAUCUUCUUCGGGUUCUAGUAGCUCUUUUAAGGAGACAACCCAAAAGAGACAAAGUCUCUCUCGAGACUGGAGACACGGCACAGCAAGGACGCAGCCCCGUGGUGGCUUACAUCGCAUCUGUGAUCCGCAAUGCAGACACUUUCAAUGCGUUCUUGACACUUGUGGAUCAAAUGGACCUUUCCAUCACGGAUGUAACUACAGAACUUAGCCCUCAGUUCAGGCUUUUACCGUAUAUGCAUUCGUAUGACCGCUCAAGUGUCCGGCUCUUCUCCAUAUCCUCCAGAUAAUGUGUUUCUAGCAGAAGAAGCAGUUUAGUUUCUUUAAGAUUGAAACUGAAGAUUCUUGGACUGUUAAUCGAAACUUUUUUUCUAGAUGGUAGUUGGUUGGUGAACGCUAGUACUGGCCGCUAUAAACACAUCUACAGUUUCUAGCAUCUAAAGCUCAUUUUGCUGAGUUUGGAUUUGAGGAAAAGAUAUCAUCCUUGUAAUCUUCUUCAAUUAUUUAUGUAACUGUUCCUUCUUUUUUU